CAGCUGAUCAGCAAGAGCAAACAAAAGAGCGCAGCAAGUGUUGUUAUGGGUCGAGCUGGGGCUCGGAAAGUAACUCUAAGUAACACAUCCCGUUCGAUCCGGGACUCGGAAGGUAACGUUAUGUAACACUACUUGUUUUGCCUUAUUCCGGUCAAACUUGAGCUCCGAAUAGUAUAACAUUACGCUUUGUCGAUAUAGUUUGAAAAUGGCAGUUUCUUUAUUAAGUGCUGAUAUACAUCCAGAUUUAACGGAAUAUGUACUGAAACUUUUAAUGAAAAACAAGAUUACCACAGUUUUGGAUUUCGCUAAAACUGACACUGAUCGUUUGAUUCGAAUUACGAAUCUAAGUUUCGAAGAAAUUUCUGCCAUCAAGAGUAAUCUUAUAAAUAGUUAUUCUGGAAAUAAUAUUCAGGUGGUUGAAUAUUUUCGAUAUCUCAACGAGUUAAUAGAACCUAUCAGCACUGGAAUAAGAGGAUUAGAUUUGUUACUAGAAGGUGGACUUCUACCUGGACAAGUGUUGGAAGUUUGUGGUGAAUCAGGUUCCGGAAAGUCCCAACUCUGUACAUCGUUAGCCAUCAACAUUGCCCAAAAGCAAAAACUUGAUGUAUUCUACUGCGAUACAAAAAGUGACUUUUCAGCUAGAAGAGUUCAUAGAAUACUGACUCUAAGAAACUGUACCAAUCAAGAGAUACAAGAAACUAUGAAACGAGUGAAAGUUGAAAGAAUUUUUUCCCCAGAGAUCCUAAUAGAAUGCAUGGAAAAUAUUCUCGACCAAAUCGAUAAUCUAGAAACGUUGAAAGUUAUCAUUAUAGACUCCCUACCAGCACUUUGGUAUAUGCAUCAAAACUCUAAAAGUAAUUGUUAUCCACUAGGAAUGUUAACCCGCUUGGUCGGAUUACUGCGAAAGCUUUCAUCAGAGAGCCUUAUAGCUAUCGUUGUUGUUAAUCUGCAAGUACGCUCCUCGGACUAUUUGGCGCAAAAUAGCACCCGAAGAACCAUACAUUCAAAAGGAGUUACAACUUAUCCUGCUCUUGGAAAAUUUUGGGAAACCGCUCCUACAACGAGAAUUUUAUUGAGUAAGCUGAACAAUAGUAGUACCGGGUACGAAAGACUGUUGAGUAUUUGGAAAUGCAAUUAUCUCAGAACAGGUGAUCGGCAAAUGAUCACGAUAACCGAAGGGGGUACUGUGUAAACCAAGCAACUCCAAACACCUAGUACAAUAUUGUAAUUUAAUUUGAAAAUCUUGUUUCCUAAAAUGUGUAUUUCCUAAUGUAUUUUGCAAAAAUCUGCAGUAAACAACCGUUAUAACCAAA